AUGCACGGGACAUUCAUGGUGAUGCUUCCUCUCAGCAUGAUCAUCAUGGUUGUUGGGGGACUGAUGGGGUUCAUCGGCCUGCUGGCCAGAGCUUACCUACUACUGCUGAUGUCUGGUGUACUGUUACUACUGGGAGCUCUGUCCUCACUAACAGGGGUGAGUGUGUACAUGGCCUACUCUUCUGCAGUCUUCCAGGAGGCUCUGUGUCUGGCUGAGCAGAUGGGGGUCAAUAUGAAGGGGGUCCAGAUCCUGUAUGGCUGGUCCCUGGUCCUGGCCUGGAUCUCUAGUGGAACACUGCUCUUCACCUCCGCUGGCUUCCUGCUGGCCUGCAGAACCAUCACUACACAGAGACAGGAACUGAAAUUAUGAG